GCUUCGUCCAUCCUCAACUUCACCUCAAUCGUACACUGUAGCCUCGCCCUCUUACCUCAUAUCAAACGACGCUACUCGUAAAGCUCGGCAUAGUGAUGGCCCUUAGACCUCAUGUCACCGGCCAUCCACGACAUCGCCUUUGUUUACGCUAACUGGGGGGCCUUCCCGAUUCUACGUGGUACCGUGACCUUCACAAUUUCACUCAAAAUACAAAAUGUCAUAUACACGCGGCAGAAACCUUGAAAACAAAUUUCCUCAUAGUAGCCAUGCAAAACAUCCCUCCGCCUCGGCUCCAGCUCACCAUCAAAACCUAAAGUCCACUCCCACCCGGCAUCCAAUCAGUAGUUCAGCCCGCUCGUACUCUAAUGGUCAUCCAUCGGGUGAGAACCAUAACCCAUCAAGCAAUCCACUGCCGAUAGACACAUCAUCGAAGAAGCGUGUAGGGAACCAGUCACGCGGGCAUAGUCCCCCCGAGAAACGCACACGUCAUCGAGAUAAUGGCCCAAGUGAGGCGCCUGAAGAGGGUGAAAUUCCAAACGAACAGCAUACUGUAGCUCCCAUUGCAAAUAGCAAUGAGUUUGAAUCUCGAAAUAGCAAGGCAACAGGUUCCGGAAAGAAAGGGCCUGAUAAGCAAGGGCCUGUUGAGGAAACCCCGCCGACCUUUAUACCAUCUCCUAUGUCAAUGCAUGGUGAGGUCACUCGCCCAGAAAGUGGUAGAAGCACCCCAGUCCAAUUCGCACCUCCUGCACCUCCGAUGGUAUCGGCUGUACCAUCAAAAGGAGUAUCUAUUAUUCCUGGCUCCAGAACGGUGUCUGGGGCCACGCAAGUCAAAUAUGCUUCAAACAAAACACCGUUCCAAUUAGCAACUCUCAGAAGAUUACAAGAAAAGAAACGAGGUCACGUCUCAGGGAAUACCCAACCCAACACAGUGUCGACCGAGUCUGUUACCUCUAAGCAAGAUGAGCUCUCAUACCAAAAACAAAGUGCCGAGUUGGCGGCAAUGCGGAUCGAAAUCGACUUGUUAAAGAAAGACCGAAAGUUACUCAGCGAAGAAGUCAAUGCUUUGAAGGGUGAAAUACCAUUGCGUGAGGAAUAUACAAGAUCUCUUGAACGCCAAGUUGAAAAAUCCAUCCUUGAGCAGGUGCAAAGGUUAAUGGAAUCAAGGCAGCAUACUGGUAUGGAUCAGCUGAACAAACGAAUCGACCGUAUCCAAGAACAGACCAAGAGGGAUCAGGAACUAGUUACGCAAAGAACAACUACGAUGUCAGAUGCAAUCACAAAGCAACUGACUGAGCGCGUAACUAAGGCUGAAGAAGCUACAAAGCUGCAGAUUCAAUCACUAGAGAAGCAAUCCAACCAGGAAACGGAGCGUAGGCAGACAGCCAUUUCUACCUUGAGGACAGACCUGAGUUCACAAAUUACGAAACAGUCGGCAAUACAGACGGAGGUUGAUACCAUUACGAAGCGGGCCAACGACGCCAGCAACAAGAUUCAAGGACUAGACGACAAGGUCGAAAUGGUCUCAAAAUCUAGCCUGGACCAGAUCGAGAGCCUUGCGCAACAGAUCGAGGAAUAUCGCAAUUCGACUGAAAUUAACCUCGAAACUCAUCGACUGGACACGCGGAAGGCUUGCGCAGAUAUUGAGCAGAAGCUAAGCUCAAGCAAAGAAGUUCGCUUUUCAAAGUUCGAAUUACGGUUAUCUAGCCUGGAGGAACAGUACAAUAUGACACACGACACACAGCUAAGAACAAAAGAAGAUCUCCUGGCGCUAAGACUUGAUACGAAUGAGAAUGCCGCGAACACUACACAGUUGAAUUCAGACCUCCAGAAGGUCGAGAUCAAGCAGUUGGAAGAUGGUGUCAAGAUUGAUGAGACAAAAGCCCUCUUGUUGAACGAUGUUAGAGAUGCUUUGAAGAGAUUGGAUGAAUUCAGGACUGCAGAUGCAGGAGAGAAGAUUGGACAAGAGUCUGCCGAGAUAAUCAAGCACACGGUGGAUCGUGUUGCCACCUUAGAAAUGGAGGUCGACAUGAUGCGUCACCGGAACAGCGAGGCAACGGCUGAAACGGUCAAGCAUGUUGACACUGGAUUAUCUAAGAUGGGGGAACAGGUCGUCUCACUCCAAGAGGUGACCAGCCAGUGUUACCAGCUCGGACAACGGAACCAUAACUCUCUCACAGUCGCGCAGGAAAGCAUAGAGGCGCAAAAUAUCGCCUUGCACGUCUUGAACAGCAGAUACGACAACCUGUCUUCCGAAAAAUUAGUUCGCGAAAUGGUACAUUGGUUCCGAUCUUCAGAGAUCGACACACUCCUGUCGCAAAAGAUGCAAGCAGUGGAUCAUAGUAUCGAACAGCUUAGGCAGGAGCUAGUCAGUGCGAAAGAACGUAUUUUUGGCUUGACAAAAGAAAUGGCAGAAGCAAAACGCCAGAGGCCGAACGACGUACCACAAUUUCAUGGUAGCCCCCAUAUGUCCCAGCAUGUACCUACUAGGAUCCCGCCAAACCAAGCUAUACUCAUACCGCAAUUGGCAGAAGAAAUGACGGAUAUUCGGCGGCGACUACACACCUGUGAGUCUUUCCCAGACGAGCAGCGGGGGAGACUGGAUGCUAUCCAAAUGAACAUAUCAAGAUUGGAGAACAUCUUGGAAGUCUUGCAGCAAAGCAUGGGAGCCUUCGCCAAACACGUCGACCUUGAAGAUGUUAGGCGGCAACUUGGCAGCCGUCUAGAUGACGAACGUAACGACCGUAUCCUGGCCAUUGCAGAGGAGGCCGGCAGCAACAGAAGAACGCAUGACAAGAUGAAAGAUGCACUCGACAAGAUGAUCUUAGAGCUCAAAUAUCUACCCAAUGCUGUGCGAGAUAUAUCGAAUCUCCAAUUCUACGUUAACAAGAUGAACGAGAAUUCUAGUAGGCCUAUCGGUACGCUCAAGUUUGAAAAUCACCUUCGAGAGUAGUUACCGUAUGGCCUCAAUUCCCGAAUUGGGUUCUGGCCAAAGGCUCUCCCAUUCCUCAUUGUAUACUCUUACCUCUGCUUGUAUGUAAGAUAUCAUGAGCUCCUACUUUCACUCAAAUUGGCUAGGGUGGCAAGGCUUUUUAGGACAUUGGUUUGGUUGCAUGAUUGUAUAUAUACCCAUGGAGCGUUUUGUUUUUGUUUGGAUGGGCGACAUGAUACCGCAAGGGCAGCAGCUGCUUGAUAUAGAUAUUUGUGUCAUUAGGUAAAUGUGAACAUACUUUGG